CUCGCUUUCUCGCUUUCUCUCUCUCUCUCCAUCUUGGAAGUCGUAGUUGUGAUUGGGGGGAGAUGCAGUGAGGAUCCCUGGUGCGGCCAAGCGGAGAAAGGCGAUCGCAGAGGGUCGGCUAAGCGAAGAAGCCUUUGAGGAUCUCGGAAGAUUACUGAUGGUCAAAAUCUCUUUCCUCAGCACUGUUUCUGAUUUUACUUUCCUGAUCAGAGGCUCCAGAUAUGAUGGAACAGGAGAAGGAAUGCCAAACUCUAGAUCUUCAGAGAUUGGAGAACAAGACUUCCCCAGACGCAGACUCAGGGUAUGCUACUAUGACAAUAAAAGUGGAGGAGGAGGAGGAGGAGGAGGAGGAAAAAUCGUGGGUACCAAAUAAUCAGGACCCUGAGGAAAUCGAGACCUUCCUAUAUGCUAACUUAGCAGGGCUCCCUGACUUAAAGAUCAAGGUGAAAGAAGAGGAGGAUCUGUGGGCAGUGGAUCAUCAGGUUCCUGAGGAAAACAAUAUCCACCCAACGGCCCAUUCAGGAUUUUCCGAUCUCAAGUCCAAGUUGAGCUCCAGGACUAAGCCAGGCGAAGAGGCUUCGAUUCUGGAGCAAAAGAUCAUAGAAGAAAAUGACACUGCGGACCACAACUCUGAGUUUCCGGAUGUGAUGGUAAAGAUGGAAGAAUGGGAAGAAGGAGACCCCACUGGUCAUGAAGGAUCUGGGAUGAGUCAGGCUGUCGAGGCCCCCUGCUCAGGUGUCCUUAUGUCUGCACAGCAAAUCAACUAUGUACUCCUCUCCUUAUCUGCCCAAGCUAACAACCAAGGUACUGUACAAAAAGCAGAAGAACCACCGGGAAUAUGCAGAGGCUCACAAGUUAAAGCCGCAGAUGAGCCCACCUCACAACCCCCUCAGCGGACAGGGACACAGCAGCCGCAGGUGCAUUCCCGGGUGAACGGCAUCCCAGACUCCCAGAGAAUCCGUGCGAAGUUCUGGUCUCAUCGUGAGCUGGGCCUGUUCAUCGAUCUAUGGAUCAGUCCAGAGGCUCAGCAGACCCUGCAGAGGAACUACAGAAACGAAAGUGUGUACACGUGGAUUUCUGAAGAAAUGGCCGCCCACGGCUUUACACGCAGCCCCGCCCAGUGCCGGGAGAAGAUAAAUGGACUUAAAAAGAAGUUUAAAGAGGUGACUGCCCACAACAAGCAGUUGGGGGUUGAACCUCGCACCAUGCCGUUCUACGACAAGCUGGCUACCAUACUGCUUAAGAGGAAGGACGGGACGCCAGGAUAUAUCUCUGGCGGGGGCGUCCCGGUGGCACAUCAGCUGAAGGUCAGGCAUCACGCCAAGCAGGUGAGCCUCCUGCCCCAGAGGGAUUUCUCGUCUACUCCGGAUCCACCGCGGAGAGCGUACGCAAGUCAGUCGCCUCCGCCGCAGCCCCACCAACUUCUUGGUGGGACGGCGUGCAGGCGUAGGGCCCCCUCGCUGUCGAUGCCGCCCACUGCAAAUUCUGCACCCUCGGCCACGGUGCCGUGCGUGCCCAGUGGCGUGCCCCCCACCAAACUAGCACGUCUGGAGCCGGAGAAGGAAGGGCAACCCGCACCCCCUCAGGACCUCGUUCGGGCCAAGAGAGAACACACUGCCUGCUCAGGAAGCCCAUCACUUUUGGCAGUGCAAGGGACUCAGCCUGCUUCGAGGACUAACAGCCCAACUCUGUCCUCUAGAACAGGUAGCCCGACGGUGUUUCAGACGAUGCAGAAACACCUUGGUGCGCGGUCGCGGACCCUGGCUACAGGUUGUCGUUCCUCCCCUACUCCCUCCCCAGCGCUGGAGGCGGAGCAGGAAUGUCGCGGUGCGGUGUGGAACAGUUUCCCCCAGGCGAUGCUAUCGGAAGUAGAUUUGGAAGUGGUCCCGCCACAGCUGUCCCAGGGCAAGGAGCAGGAGCUGUCGCAUUUCCUCUCUGAUGCCGACGAUGCCAUUAUGCGCUCUCUGGCGCGGACGGGGGAACCUCCGUCCGAAGAGGAAUUACUGAACGACAGCAUUGCUCUAGCUGAAACAGAAGAUCAGGAGGGACGUGGCGCGGACGAAACCCCCCUGAUUGAAACUACCUUGGCUCGGCUGUUUGAGGAACGGAACACCCCGGCCUUUCUAGGAUUCCCACCUGGGCCAAGACAGCAGGACCAUUCGCAGUACGCAGAUGCCACUGAGCAACUGGAGGAGGAGCAAAUUCUCAAACCGGAGGGCCGGGAGGGCGGUCCCCUGAAGGCCCGUUUCCCGCCUCUGGAAGAAGCACCAGAGGAGAGAGCGGAACCUGAGGGGCCGCUGACCAACGCGCAGAGAGCGGCCCGGCUGAGGAACAGGCGCAAGACUGACCGGGUCCAGCUUGCAAAGGACUUGGUGCGGGCCAUCGAAAUAACCGGAGAGCACACGUGUGAGGUUCUUCAGGAACUGGAUGCGAAGGAGUCUCAGCGGAGGGCGAGGGACCACCUCCUGUCAGUUUGGGCGACCCGCCACACUGCUCGGAGCAUACGAGACUGUGGAGAGUUAAUGUCUACUACUUUACGGGAGUCCAUGCGGGCCUCUGACCAGGCGUUCGAAAGGGCUAUGGCGGAGAGGACGGCUGCCAUCGAAAGGCAGACUCACGUGUUAGACAAGCUAGCAGCCGCCAUGAUGGCCACGUUGCCUGGACAACAGCCCCAUGCCCCUUUCCAGCAAUUACCAUAUGGCCCACAGCCCUUCGUGCAGGCCUCGUCACCCACCAUUCACCAUCACCCACAGGCUCAGGUACCCCAAAUUGGGACCCCAGACAGGGAACACCAGCCGUACCACAUAGAGCAGCAACCGGUUGUGCCUGACCCAGACCCGGAGCCGUGUCUCAGUCCACAAGCUGACCAGCAAGAGGUUGAGGCACAGGUGCAAAUGCAGGAUCAAACCCCCGAAAGCAUUGCAGAUCCCCCUAUACUAGCGCAGAGUCCAGUUCAACCCCAAAUCCACACCCCAGAAAACUCACCUAAGACUCAAUAGCUAUUGCUGUGUAUGCAGAUCUUGAUCUGCCUAGUAAGGGGGGGGGGGCAGAGUGUGCCUGUGAGUACAAGAUGAUGGGUCACUGAUAUUCAGUGUAACCUUUUCGGGCAUAUUCUUUUUUAAAGUUUCUUCAUUGCUAUGUAGAAACACGAAUAAAGUUGACACGUUGCAGUAUAAA